AUGAAUACAUAUGAUAUUUGUGAUUAUGCCAUUGCGGAACUUAUUAAAGAUCAUAUUUUGGAAAAUAUUUUUUCAUAUUUAUCCUUACGUGAUCUUAAAAACUGUGCACUAGUAUGUAAAACGUGGUUUAGAAUUUUAAGCGAUGAAAAUAAUGAUGUUUGGAGAUUAAAUUGUGUAAAAAGAUUGGCUGAAGAAGUAAUGAAGUCCGAUUUACUUUCUAACUUACCAACUUAUAAGACAAAAUUAAGAGCAUUUUAUCAUGCAUGGAGCCCAUAUGACUGUUCUAGAAAUAUAUACAUAAAACCUAAUGGUUUCACUUUACACAGGAAUCCUGUUGCUCAAAGCACAGAUGCAUGUCGAGCAAAAAUUGGCUUCUAUAGAGGAAGACAUGCUUGGGAAGUCAUUUGGGAAGGACCAUUGGGAACAGUGGCCGUGGUUGGAAUAUCAACAAAAGAAGCCCCUUUACAAUGUCAGGGCUAUGUCGGACUUCUAGGUUCAGAUGAACAGAGCUGGGGUUGGAAUUUAGUUGAUAAUCACUUGUUACACAAUGGUGACACCCAUGGGCGAUAUCCUCUUUUAAAUAACUGCCCAAAAUAUCAAGUGGGCGAACGCAUUAGAGUUAUUUUAGAUUGUGAAGGACGCACUUUGUCAUUUGAGAGAAAUUUUGAAUUUUUAGGAGUAGCAUUCCGAGGCCUUCCAAUAAAAAAAAAGUUAUAUCCAACAGUAUCUGCAGUGUAUGGGAACACUGAAGUUUCUAUGGUGUAUUUAGGUCCACCUGCAGAUGGC